UAUUUAUCUGGCAACUGUCAUCUGUCACACGUUGCCUACAUAAAUGUGUGAAUGAAACAGUGCUAGUACACCAAAAAAAAUUCUAAUUUACUUCAGGUUUCUAUCAGCUCGCUGGCCUGCUAAAGAUUUUUACAAAUCUAAAUUCGAGCGAAAUGUCGGGAUACGUUGCCAGGAAAGGACCCUUGAUCUUCUCAAAUUUGGGCAAAUGGGCCUAUAACUUGUCCGGCUUCAAUCAAUACGGUCUGCACCGUGAUGAUUGCCUCUAUGAGAAUGAGGACGUUAAGGAAGCUAUUCGUCGGCUCCCCCGCAAAUUGUACGACGAACGUAAUUAUCGCAUUAUGCGCGCUCUGCAUUUGUCCAUGACAAAAACACUAUUACCCAAAGAACAAUGGACCAAGUACGAGGAGGACGUUAAAUAUUUGGAACCCUAUUUAAAGGAGGUCGUCAAGGAACGUGAGGAACGCGAAGAAUGGAAUAAAGACCAUUAAAGCAUUGAGUGCAUAAUUUUUAGUUUAAUGUUAAAAAAAUGGACUUAUUUGGAGAUGUGUAAACUAAAGAAAUCCAAUAAAUUAGGAAAUUUAAAUUAUUUAAAA